AUGCCAGCUUUCCAGGGACCUGCAUUGAUUAUCCUGGCAUUCCAAGCGAUUGUGUCAGGAUGGGACAACUCUCCCGAGAGCAAAACGGGAUUUUUGCUCUUCUUGAAGCAGCACUUUAUUCCUGACUUUGUUCCCCUGGAAGCUCUGGACUGUAACUUCCUAAUGGCUAGUGGUUCUUUUACCUCUGGAGAAUGCAAAAAAGUGAAUACUUACAUCGUGUCCUUCCCAGAUAUUCUCCAGGCCGUGUGCGGUGCCAAAGGGAUGCCCUAUAACCAUCUCCGACGCAGCCUGAACCGGUUUGACCUCGUCACCUGCACCCUCGAAGGAGACCCAACCAGCAAACCUUGUAUCUACAACCAGCAUAGCUUCUCUGCCUCCAUUGCUGUCAGUUGCGAUAAAUAUGGCUAUCCCGUUCACCUCGAAGAAGGAGAUUUUCAAAUAGUGACAGAAGGGGAGUCUAAAACCAGCCUGGCUUGGUACAAUUACUUCUUGUAA